UUGAGAAAAAUAAUAAUAUUUGACGUUGAAGUUGAAGGUGAAAUUUUCAUGGCCAAACGCCCCCUAAUCUCUCAAACUUUCCUAUCAAGCUCAACAACUUUUUGCCAUUGUGUGAAUCACAAACAAGAAUCUGUUCACACUACAUUUAGCCAUGUGCCCAAGUAUGCUACCAUUUGGAUAAGCACUACCUAAAAAAAUCAGAACACUUUACCUAAAACACAAGGAAGUUUAUUUUAACCACUCAUUAUCAAGUCUCCAACCAUCUUUAAAAGCCAUCACUUGAUAAGAGAAACUCAUUUUUUUGUGAUAAGAAAGUCUUGUCAAACUGCUCUUAUCAUAACACACUUGAAAAUAUCAUCCCUUAUAAACCACUCGGACAAAAUAUGGUUAGGGAAUUGAGAGCAACAGGAACAAGGGGUGUUGAAGAUAUAACAAAUGUUGGCAUUUGGAGUCUCUGGUUGAUGAUUUUGGUUUGCUUGUGUGUCAUUUCAACAAUCAUUUUCUCUUGUGCAGACGGUGUUUCUAAAGAGAAAGAAGCAACAACUCAUACCGAUAACUAUGGUGCUGGAUGUGGUGCAGGCUGUGGUGCUGCCUGUGGCGCCUGACUAGUGAAAAAGGAAAUAGUGAGAAUCAAAUCCACGCUUAUUGCGUGGAAGAUGACUCCCACUGAUACCACUAGACUAUAAGUCUUGCUGAGAAAUUUCUUUCCUUCUGCAUAUGCUCUACUUGUAAUGGGGGAGGGGGCGAGUGAUAGCUCGAUUACAUGUCAUUGUAAUACUUCGAUGGCAAUGUUCAAUUGUACAAUUCUUAGUCAGCUA